UGGUGUUCUGCACUCUGGCAAUAAGCUUUCUCAGCACUCCCUGAAAAGCACGUAAAAAGCAAACGUUUUCGAAGAAAUAAAUCACCUGUCCAGUACAGUCGUACUUGUGAAAGGUUAAAGGUUGCACGAUGGCAAAGUUGUUUACGCACCAUGAUCCCUUCCACAUCCACAAGAUCUUGGGACUCUUUGUGCUCCUGCACUUUCUGUAUCGUUUCCUCUAUGGAGCUUUGAUUCGGGGUUUCGUAUUUUGUUCCGUGCACCAUGCAAACGAUGGCCUCUGCAGUCCAGACAAAGUGCACUGGGAUGCCAUUUGUGUGGUCCUCCAUGCCAUCUUGAGUUGGUCCAGUUUGCUGCUACCUCUUCCCAAGACGCGAAACUACUCAUCCCCCAUGAUUUGGACCGAAUUUCGCCUGCACAGCAUCACCUUUGCCACCCGAGGGGUGGUCGGCAGUUUGAUUUCACUCUACGGAUUGUGGCCACAGCAACUCCUUUUGAACUUUUUUGCCAAGCUGGCUUUGGUGUUGGCAACGUGUUAUGCUGCAGACUGGAUCACCCAGAAGCAUGGUUGCACCGAGAAACGCACGACCAACGCCAUGCCCUACCCCACCUGCAUUACACCCGAGAUGCAGCAAAAUGUCAAGUACAUCUAUGCCAUGAAACAAUUUGCUGCUGCACUUUCCUGCAUUUCCGAAGAUCCCGCCACUCCCUGGGCUACUCUUCUGGCCAUUCAAGGGGCGCCCUUGCUCAUGACACUGGUUCGAAAGGGGAAGAUCCAAUCGUUGACGUAUCAUCGUGCCUACAUUCUGCAAUUGGCUACACCAAUGUACAUCUUCUUGCUUGGAAAUCUCUUGCAUUGGAAUCGAUACGCUGGUGUCUCUUUGGCUGUACACGACAACAUGAAGCGCGUAACGGUUGUGGCUGCAGUGCACUUGUUGACAACCUACCUUCGCAUUACAUUGCGUUACUCCAAGUUCCUGACUUGGGCUAUCAGCACCGCUUUCAUUGUGGUGCUCACUCAGAUACCUAUUCUUUGGAACUUUGUUUCAUGGUGCCACACAAACCCCUAUGGCCUUGCUUUUCUGGUCAGUCGCCAUGUACUGCUGGGACAAGGUAUUUUGAGGCAUUAUGUCCCUGUCUUUACACUGGCCAAAAAAGCACCAGAGAAAUGGGAGGAUGUAGCGAUGGCCUGGGUGAAUCGAAUGGGAAGUGGGAUCUUCGUCCGGGUUGCCGUGGAUACAACGAGUAGUAAGAAGUUGCUGGAUUGAUGUGAUCGACCGAAGAGGUGGGGAUGGAUGACACCACUAGUCUAGAAUGCGUUUACUUUAGGGAUACGAUAUCAUGCUGGGGACUUCCCAGCGGCAUAUAAUAUCUGAGUAGCCUAGUAUCGAGA